CUUCUCUCCUUUUCUUUUCAUUUUUAAUCUUUACUUUUUACUCUUUACUUUCUAUCUUCGGUAUCUCGUUCUCUUUACACCACUUCACUUUUCUCUACACACUUCUCUACUUUUACAACAGAAAAUGAACGGUGUCGAUUGCGACUGGUGUCUGCUUUGUGAGAGGCAUACUCCCGAAGGAGAGGCCUACUGCUCAGAAGAGUGUCGCUCCACCGAUCUUAUGUCAUCCUCGGCAACGUCCUCAUCUUCUAGCUCUGCAGGAUCAGCUUACUUUGGCUCAUACGACUCCAAAGGCUCUGUCCCUGCCAUAACCUCGCCAUCAUCCUUUCCCAACAACAGCAGCAAUGAUAGCUAUCAGAUGCCUCCAUUUGUCCGUAAGCAGCGUACUAGUAUGCCAAACAUCUAUGCCCAAUGCGCUGCAAACCCAAACCCUCCACUAUCGCUUAUGUUCAGCUCAGGAGGAAACACCGCCUCAGCACUGAGCCACCAUUUGAUGAUGCAACAGCAACAGCAACAGCAACAACAACAACAAAAACAAGCUCACAACGACUCAAUAAAUCAGCCCACAGCUGCAACAACAUAUCCGCUAUUCUAUGCUACACUCAAUGCCCUUAGGCCUAUCACAUCAACUGGUUCUCAACAAUAAUACGAAUGAGAUGAUAAAACCCGAUCCAAGACAGCUACUUAGUAUCAUAGUCCCUGAGCCUACUUGGCCAUACAGUUACCCAGAAAAAGAAAAGCCUCGUUGACGUACCUCCCCUUUCCACACACACUUCGAUCUCCUUAAUAUUACCGUCGCUUCUCCUUAAUUAUCCAUGCCC